GUGCCUGCAAUUAUUUCAGAGCACGUUGUUGAUCCGAAGAAUACCAAAGGUUGUCAAACAAGUGGAGAAUGGAAUAUAUCAGACAUACAUACUGAGAAUAAUGAAUCGAGACAAAUAGACCCAAGUCGAUAUGAUGAAAGAGAUAAUGGAAGUAGAACGAAGAAGCCAUUUGAAACUAGCACAAAUUCAUGCAUCAAAACUUUAAAAGUCGAAGAAUAUGAAAAGUAUAGUCAAUCAGAAAUAUAUUUUGCAGAAGUUGGCGAAAAAGAUGAUGCUGAGCUAACUCUCGUUAUCCAUAGAACAUCCCGUACAAUUGAGGAAUUAUGUAUACCGGAACUUGAACGUGAGGACUACAGAGCAGAUGAACAGAUGAUUUCCUCCAGUAGUAGUGAAACCUAUGAUAAAUAUGAAUCUGACAAAAAACAAGAACCUUUUGAACCGGGAGAUCGACAAGAGGGAAAUCCUUCAGAGAAAGAGACAAAUGAAGAGAGAGAAUAUGAACCUUUUGAACAGGAAGAUCGACAAGAGGGUGAUCUUUCAGAAAAAGAGGCAGUUGAAGAGAGAGAAUAUGAAUCUUUGGAACCGCAAGAUCGACAAGAAGUGAAUCCUUCAGAAAAAGAGACAGUUGAAGAGAGAGAAUAUGAACCUUUGGAAUCGCAAGAUCGACAAGAGGUAAAUCCUACAGAAAAAGAGACAGUUGAAGAGAGAGAAUACGAGAAAUCACUUCUAUCAGAACUUGAAUUCGAAGAUGAUGAAGAGAAAAAAGUAAUCGUAAGUGAAUAUGUUGAAAAUGAAACGAGGAAAGCACAGAAAAUAUCCAAAACUGGCACAAAAUCAAGCAAAAAAUCGAAGAAACAAAAAAGAAAAAAUCGAUCGAAGAGAAAAUUGACCACGACCUCUAUUGAAGGGAACAUCGAAAGAAAAGACUUCAUAGUUGUAGAAAACUUAACUGCACAACAGAAAUUUCUCAAAGCAAGCAUUGCCUCAUGUAUGGAAUUCCUAACGCCUGAUGAUCUUCUGGAUGAUGAUUGUCCUGAAACGUUCAUUUUCAGUGAUGAUGAAAAAAACACUAGCGGAGGAUCCAGUACAGACACUGGCUCAGAAACGAUGGACUUGGACGACGAAAAUAUUAAUCCUCCAAUUAUGAAUCCCGAAAUUAAGUCCACGAGUACUGGAACCGAAAACAUUACUAAGAGAAGUAAGAGGGCAAAAAAAAACCGCAAAAACAAAACAAAAAAAAAAGGUGCUGAAGCGGACAAAUUGUUACACAAUAACGAAAACCAAAGUGACAAGGAAAACCAUCCACCUCAAACGAACAUAUCCGAAGGGGCUACGAAGUCAUAUGUGGUAUAUCUGAAAAACGAUGAACAUUUUGCUGAUGAUGAUCUGAAACAAUACUGUGAUGAAAGAGAUAGAGUACACGAAAUUUCUUGUUCCAGUACAGAAACAUCUUCAGAAACUUUAGAGUUCAUGAAUAAUGAUGAGGAUGCAUUCUCAGACACAAUCCUUGAAAGAAGUUUCAGAAGAAUUGACAAAAAAAGACCCAAAGAUGAAGAAAAUUUCGAACAACAAGUUUACAAAACUAGUACAAAACAAUGUAUAAAAACUAUUCCACGUGAAGAAUAUGACGAUGGUGCUAGAGGUGGAGACUGGAUUGUUGAUUCUGCAAAACAUAAAAAAGAAGAACGUAUCGAGUUUUUAUGGGUCGAGACUCCAUGUGGUCAAUUUAAAUGUUUGGUGGAUAAUUGUGGUUUCAUUUCAGAAUCUCAAGAUGAACAAGUGCAACACUUGGAUGAACACAAAGAUAUUUUUUACUAGUUGCCAUAUAGGUAACAUAUACUAAUUUUAUUGUUUUUAUUGUAUAUUUAAUGAUUAUUUGAAUUGUGAUGAGCCUUCAAUAUAUUUUGUAAUUUUUA